AUGAAACGAUUUCUAUUACUUGCUUUAUUGAUAUUUUGUAAAGCUAAUGAUGAUGAUUCCGACGAUCACAAUGAUCUUAAUCAAAUAGUAUUAAUGAGUUACAAUGUAAUGUUUGUACCAAGUUUACUUGUCUUAGAACGUGAUCAAAUAACACGUGCUCGUUUAUUAACAAAAGCAAGAUUUCUUCGUUCAAAUGAUAUACUUUGUUUACAAGAAGUAUUUCAAAAGAAACCAAGUCAAAUUUUACUUGAUUCAUUAUCGGAAACAUAUCCAUAUAGUACACCAAUAUUAGGUACUGAAGAUGAUAAAGAUUAUUGGGAUGAAACAUGGAAUCGUGAUAUAGGUCGAAGUUCAUUGAAAUUUCUUAGUGGUGGUUUAACAAUACUUAGUAAAUGGCCAAUUAUUCAAGCUGUACAAUAUUUUUAUAGACAUACAUGUAGUGGAUGGACAUUUAUUCGAAGUGGUUUUAUUUAUACUCAAAUAUUAUAUGGUAAAAAUGAAUAUCCAAUACAUAUUAUAAGUACACAUUUACAACCAAGUGAUCAUCGUGGUUGUUAUUUAUCAAGUGAAGAAAAAAUACGUGAAAAACAAAUGCAUGAAAUUAUUGGUUUUCUUGAUGAACGAAAUAUAUCAAAAAAUGAAUUAGUUUUUUUUCUUGGUGAUUUUAAUAUUGAUAAAUAUAAUAUCGAACAAUAUGAAACAAUGAUUGAUAUAUUACGUGUUAAACAACAAGAUUUAUAUCCAUCAAGUAUUUUAUGUUCAUGGGAUAGUUCAUUUAAUGCAAUGACAACUACAACAACACAUCAACAAAAUCAAUUAUUAGAUUAUAUAUUUGUCUAUAAAGAUCAUGCACCAAAUAAUUCUCUUUGGUAUAAUCUUAUUAUUGAUCGUAUGGCAUCUGAACAAUGGCAUUUACUUGGUAAAAAUCGAAUGUUUUAUAAUACUCGUAAUAUUCCAUUAAUAGAACUUUCUGAUCAUUAUCCAGUUGUUGGAUUUUUUAAUUUAAGUAAACAUCAAUGGCCAGAUAGAUCAUCGGGUGUUCUUACAUAUGUACAAAUUGUAACAGCAGAUACUGAUUUACCUGUCAUAAUACAUGAUCGGAAUAUUCUCAUCGGGAAUUCAUCGAAUGAAAAUGGUUCACUAUUUAUAUUAACAAAUAAUGCUACACCACGUCGUCAUCGUUGUUUAAGAUCAGAACAAUAUAUAAUAUUAAUUGAUGGUGAUAAACCCGAAUUUUAUUUAUCUGAUGCAAAAUAUUUUCGAAUGAAAUAUGGAAUGGAACAAGUGAAUCGUUUUUUAAAAAUAAUUCAAAUUGAUAAUCAAACAAAAUGUAUGCAAACAAAUUCAACAUUUAUUUUACAAACACGUUUAUCAACAGGAUAUUUUUACGUUAAUAAUAUAUCUUCACAUUUAUGUGCAUGUACAAAUGAUAGAGAACAAGCUCAACAAUUUCGAUUAAUUGAAGUUCAACGAAAGAAUAUUAGUUGUACGAUAAAUCAUUAA